AUGUCGUUUUCUACCCUGGUGGUGGGUAUUUUCUACCUUGCGGGUGUGUCUGCCGCUUCUGUUUCGAGGCAGAUACAGCUUGGUGAGCAUGAGUUCUUUGUUCCCCCGACUGCAGCGUGGAAAUUGUAUUCGUGGGAUGUUUCGGCUACUGACGAGGAAUUUACGCCGUUGACGGUGGUGAAGUUGAACGAGACGGCUAAUGCUGAGCGUGUUGCCUCUGUGUUGGGGGAGUAUGAGAAGGAUGAUGUUUGGACAAAAGAGUUUGCUCAGGUUUUGUACGUCAAGUCUGAUACAGAACUGACCUUCAAUUCCUCCAAAUACAACGUUUCGUCUAUAUACACUGGCCAAAAGUCCGUGCCAGCAGGUCCAUACUUUGUGCAUCGCUAUACUGGCAAUGUCUUUCAAGCAUACCGUCUCUAUGUCGACACCAACCAAGCCUUCAUCCAAUCCACCUACCAAGACCCCUCCGGAACCCACCAUCCCCUUCGCGCCGGCGCCCUCUCCGCCGGAGGUCUCACGAUCGCCGUCCCAUCACGUCUGUACUUCACUCCAACGAAAGAAAAGCCUCUCGCCGGUCUUCGCCUCGGUGUCAAGGACCUUUACGACCUCAAAGGAGUCAAGACAAGUGGCGGUAAUAGAGCUCUGUAUGAAAUGAGCAAAGUCAAGACCAAGACUGCUCUAUGCGUACAGAAACUCAUCGAUGCCGGCGCUGUAGUCGUUGGAAAGAACAAAAUGUCCGAGUUUGCUUUUGCUGGCGGUUACGUCACAGAGCACAUCGACUACCUUCUCCCCUUCAACCCUCGAGGCGACGGUUACAACUCGCCUGGUGAUAGCUCUGGUGGGUCAGCUGCAGCUGUCGCUUCGUAUGACUGGCUUGAUGCCAGCAUGGGAAGUGAUACGGGUGGUAGCAUCCGUGGCCCUGCGCUACAGAAUGCUGUUCACGGCAAUCGGCCUACACAAGGUGCAGUCAAUCUUACUGGAGCUCUUCCUCUUUCAUCCGCCAUGGACACCUCGGGCAUCAUUGCGAGAGACCCUGUGAUUUUAUCCAAGUUCACACGAUCUCUUUACGCUGGCACGAUCAAGGAGUAUUCUGGGUUACCGGCUAAAGUCCUCCUUGACAGCGGUAGUGAACGUUUUCUCCUCAACCUAGAAAGAGAUUCCCCGAAGGCGGCAGAUGCGAUAGGAGAGUUUCUAAACAGCCUCUCAAGUCUACUAUCUACCGAUGGAAGUGUCUUCUCAAUUGACUCGGCCUGGAGAAACUCUACGCCCAAGGCGUUGAGUGACGUCGCCCUCUCCAACAUCGUGGGUAAUGUCUACUUGAAUCUGACAACCUAUGAACAAUGGAACGAAUUUGGUCAAGGGUAUGUUGAAGAGUACAAGGGUCUUCACAAUGGUGCAUUCCCUCAUAUGGUGCCUGAGAUUCGCGAAGGAUGGAUGAACGCCAAUAAGACAAUGAACGAGUUGACUCAUGAAGAUGACUUGGCUUCCAAGAAGGGAGUCGAGGAAUGGGUUGCGAACGAGUUUUUGACGGCCGAUAACAGCAGUUGCUCAAAUGCUGUCUACGUCUAUCUGUCGGCCAGCUAUCCUUCAUACAAGCCUGAUGUUUCCCAAGAUGGCUCAAAUCCGUAUAUCCGAGAGCUUCUCCAAGUCAGUUCCAACCAACAGACUCUCAUUACACAGCUCAAUACGACUGUUAACUGUAACUCAACCCUUGGAUCUGAAGAAGCCUGCGAAGAAUCCUUGGAGGCAGAAAAGUCCAACUCCAACUCAGGCACUCAGACAGUCUACGCCGGAAGACUCGCUUCUGUCGCAGGUCUCCCAGACUACGCAGUCUCACUCGGCAUGUUUGACCUGGGCCAAUUCUCCAACUCAACACUCCAAAACGAGCUUGUUCCUCCUGGGGGAAAGUCAAAUGACAAGGGUCUCACUAUCAACGACCUCUACUUCCCCUCCGAGAGACAAUCACUCCGACGACUUCCUCGAUCCAAAACUCUUCUCUUCACGGUUCUCACCUACUUUGAGCCAAUCACUACAAUCGCAAAAGAGCCUCAUGUCCCUGGGCGUCUGGCCGAAGCAAUUGAGAAGUGGGAUAAAGCUGCUUCGAACUACAAGGGCAAGCAUCACUGGGCGGAUAUCCUCUUGCCGUACUUGCACGAAGAGGAUGAGUUGCAGAAGAAAUCUGGAGUCUUGGAGAAGUUUCCAGAGGGAAGCUUCCCGUACUAG